UCGCCACCACCACUUGUUUUGGGAGGGAGGACGUUAACAAGCUUAUCGAGAUCGAUCACAUACAUCCGAUCAUCGAAGAAGAGCGGAGGAGGAGGACGAGCGACCGAGAAGAAAGAUGCGGGCCGGGGUGGCGGUGGUGGCGAGCAGGGGCGCGUUCGCCACUGCGGCCAUGUCUUCCUUUCGCCGGCUCAAACCCAUCGUCCGAUGCUCCUCCUCUUCGCCUUCCACCGCCGUCUCCACCACCAUCCCUACCUCCACCUCCUUCGACCAUAUUUCUUUCAUCAAAGAUAUUGCUGCAACAAGACCUCCUGAGCAUCUGAAUUACUUGUUGAACAUGCUUCAAUCACGAGGCGGAGCAGUAAUAUCUCCUGCAGCUAAAGAAGGACUGGUUCCUCUUGUUAUUCCUUUAUCAGAAAGCUCUGCAGGAACUUUGACAUGCUUACUAAGAUGGCCAACUUCUCCUCCUGGGAUGGAAAUGCCAGUUGUAGAAGUUCAUAAACAUGGUGUUUGGCUUCUAGCAAAGAGUGUUGAUCAGUACAUCCAUAGAAUCCUCGUCGAGGAAGAUGCCAAAGCUCAAGAUAGUAAUAAAUUAUGGAAUGCUUCAUCUGAAGCUGGAGAAAAGCUAUACAAAAGGGGUGACUUUUUGGAGUCUCAAAUUGCUGAUCUUGAUGUAUAUCUUUUGAAGAAGGUUGGAUUGUUUCCAGAUGUUAUUGAGCGGAAGGUUUCACGCCACUUGGAGAGAGGGGACCAAGUUUCUGCCAUGAUCACGGGAGAGUUUUACACAAAGAAUCAUUUCCCAGGAUUUGGCCGUCCUUUUGCAUUCAAUGCACAGCUUUUGCUAAAGGUUGGGCGUAAGCUUGAAGCCAAAGACGCAGCUCGGGGGUCUCUGAAAUCACCAUGGUGGACAUUAGGAUUUAAAUACCAAGAAGUCGCUGAGAUUGCAGAAUGGGAGGAUGAACAGAUUGAGUUCAUCAAGGAAAAAGUGACAGAAGAGGGUAGACAGGAGGAUCUGAAGAAGGGUAAAGCACCAGAACAGGUAGCAUUGGAUGAAGCUGCAUUUUUGUUGGAUUUGGCCUCAAUUGAUGGGACCUGGGAUGAAGUUGUAGAUCGUGUUGCUGAAUGUUACAUGGAAGCUGGACUUUGUGAUAUUGCAAAGUUUAUACUCUAUAGGGAGUAAAACUUGAUUUUUCUAUCUAGGUGCAUCAUGGACAAUUAAUUCUACAGGCACAUGGCUCACCUCACAGUAGAAGAAAGUGAUGCAACGUACUCUCAGAGAUCUAACACAUCAUGGCCGGGUGGUGCAUUGGACCCGCUUUUGACAUCCAAUAUAUAAACCAUAUCUUAUGGUUUAUGGCUGCAAUUAAAUGAUACUGAUCUUGUCAUCGGUCUCCCUAGUAAUAAAUUAUUAUUGUGCCUUGUACAAUUUAUCAGGCAUGGCAACUAUUCGCAUUUUGUUCUAGUGGACAGAGGAAUGAAGUUUGCUCAAAAAAAGGUGAAGUUGAUAGAAUAAUUGUACUAUUGUAUUUCUUGUGGUAUUCAGUCUAAAUUGAUUAAUACUUACGUGA